AUAAAGCAGUAGUGCACACAGAAAAGGCAGGCAGAUACACAAAAGAAAUGGCAGGAAUCGGACCGAUCUCGCAGGACUGGGAACCGGUGGUGAUCCGCAAGAAGGCUCCCAACGCUGCCGCCAAGAAGGAUGAGAAAGCCGUCAACGCCGCUCGCAGAGCCGGCGCCGAGAUCGAAACCGUGAAAAAAUCCACUGCUGGGACAAAUAAAGCUGCCUCUAGCAGCACUUCUCUAAACACGAGGAAGCUGGAUGAGGAAACUGAAAACCUUGCUCAUGAACGUGUACCAACUGAGCUAAAGAAAGCUAUUAUGCAAGCUCGAAUGGAAAAGAAGCUUACACAGUCUCAGCUUGCUCAAAUGAUUAAUGAGAAGCCUCAAGUCAUACAGGAGUAUGAAUCUGGCAAGGCUAUACCUAAUCAACAGAUCAUUACCAAGCUGGAGAGGACUCUCGGAGCUAAAUUGCGUGGAAAGAAGUAAAAGGAAGCCUUGGAAUAAAAAUAAGGAAACUUGUUGGCCUUUAUGUUUAGCCGAUGCUGCAUCGUGCUGUGCAGUUAGGUAAAUCGUAGCCAAAGAAUGGUUGCCCCGGAACUACUGUGUCUCUAUGUAAGAUAACUCUUGAAUGUUUACUCGUUUGGUUCAACAUACCUGAUCCGAAAUUACUAAA